CGUUCGCUCGUUGAAUCGAGAAUGUGUUGAUUGGAUUAUUUUUGUGGGUGGAUGUCAUGAAUUAUUCGAAGUUUUUAUAAAAUUUAACUUAUUUUCAUUGUGUUGACAUACAUUGUGACAUAAACUGGUUUUAUCUAACAAAUUUGAUUGCUGAGGGUGCCUCAAGAUGCUGCGCUUCCUCAGCAGGAGAGGUCGCUCGUCAAGUCAAAACCGCAAUAAACAAGGAGCAAAAACAUCAAUCAACAAAAACUUUAUACAAUGUAAGGUAAUGUUACUUGAUGAUACUGAUCUAUCCAUAAACUUGUCUAAAAAAGCUAGUGCAGCUGAUCUCUAUGAACAAGUUUUUUAUUCACUAGACUUGAUAGAGAAAGAUUACUUUGGUCUUCAAUUUACUGACACCAAUAAUGUAAAGCAUUGGCUUGAUCCCACUAAAACAAUUAAAAAACAAGUGAAAAUUGGUCCGCCUUACACUUUGAGAUUAAAAGUAAAAUUUUAUUCUUCGGAACCAAACAAUCUUAGAGAGGAGCUUACUAGAUAUCAAUUCUUUCUGCAAUUGAAGAAGGAUAUUUUAGAGAGCAAACUAGAAUGUCCGCAUUGUACAGCUGUGGAACUUGCGGCAUUAGCCCUUCAGUCUGAAUUAGGAGACUUUGAUGAAGCUGUACACACUCCUGCCACAGUCUCUGAGUUUAGGUUUGUGCCCAAUCAAACAGAAGAAAUGGAAAUUGAAAUCUUGGAGGAAUACAAGAAAUGCAAAGGACUAACACCAGCUCAGGCUGAAGUUAAUUAUUUGAAUAAAGCAAAGUGGCUGGAAAUGUAUGGUGUGGAUAUGCAUAUUGUACUGGGUAAGGAUGGCUGUGAAUAUCACCUAGGGUUGACUCCUACCGGAAUACUCGUUUUUGAAGGACCUCAGAAAAUCGGAUUAUUCUUUUGGCCUAAAAUAAGUAAGCUAGAUUUCAAAAAGAAGAAACUUACAUUAGUUGUUGUUGAAGAUGAUGACCAGGGCCGAGAACAAGAACAUACAUUUGUUUUUAGGCUACACAAUGAAAAAGCCUGUAAACACCUGUGGAAAUGUGCUGUUGAACAUCACACUUUCUUCCGCUUAAGAGCACCAGUGAAAGGACCUUCUGCCAGGCAAAACUUUUUCAGAAUGGGAUCAAGAUUUCAAUAUUCUGGCAAAACAGAAUAUCAAACAACUCAGCAAAAUCGUGCUCGCCGUACUGUCCAGUUCGAACGACGCCCGAGUCAACGAUUUGCUCGUAGACAAAGUCACGUGCUACGAGAACGUGAAAAACAAAACAGUGUUUCCAAACCAGAGGCACAAACUUCUUCCGAAACUGCUGCUGAAGUGCCGAGUACAUCAUCAGAAACAGCUUUGCUUGUGCCUGAAGUUGAACCCUUAUCCAGAAAGAGUAGUGCAAAAUCACAGAAAUCGUAUGUUGAACAUGAUUCCAAGGACGUGGAAAUUGGUGAAUGCUCUACUAAAAAUGUACUUAAUGAUGAACCAGCUGAAGAAGUACACAUUUCCAAGGAUGAUGCUAUUAGUAACAAAGUUUUGUUCAAGGUAGACAAACCUGCUGUUGAAGAGAAGAAAAUUAACUUGACUCAACUAGUAAUCAACAAACCACCUUGCAAUUGUUCACCAGUGGCAGAUUCUAAUCCCCUUAAUGAUCUACUCAUGAGUUUAGUCAAGGAGAAGUUGAAUAGUGAUGACAGCAAAAACGAAGUCAAAAGAGAUCAAGUUGAUUCUUCAAAUGAUAAAGAAGUGCCUAACAAUCAAUCGAAAUAUUUCCUAUCGUCAACUAAAGCUCUUCCGCCAGGGCAAUUGAAAUGUAACAAUAUAUUGAAAGCUCGCGAAAAUGAAGUGAAGAUUAUCAAUGAAUCGCCCAAUAUAAAUUUAUCGUUGCCAUCGACACCAUCUCCAAAAAUAUUAAAUGAACCUCAAGCUACAAAUGGAAACAGUUCUCAGUACGUGUCUAUCGUUGUGGUGGAGCCGCCACAUACUCAGCCGAAACUGGCUACUCCGAAACCAGUGGAGCGAAAGGAAGAUUUGACUCCUAAAUCGCAACCAAUAUCAUCUUUAUCUCCGUGGCUAGUGUCUUCUGAACCUAGUUCUCCUUCUGGUAUCGGGGAAAAAGAUAUAACCAUUAUUCACAGAAAAUCUGUAAUUACUACUCAACUCUAAAUUUUGAGUGAAGGUGAUGGUUAUUUUUACGAUGUUGAUACGAUACAAUUUAUGCAGAUUAGUUAAUAAUAUUGUCUUGCAAUGUACUUGUGCCUUAAUCAUGGUUUUCGUAAUGAUUUAUGAAUAAAUCAUAUUUUUGAUAAAGUAAAUGUUAUUUGAUCGUAUCUUACGCGCGUCUUGUUCAAUUUAUAAAUUAAAAUUUUCUGUUUUAUAUCUAAUGUGCUCUCUAAAUUUUACAGUCAUUUCGCUUUUAAGUUUCGAAAGAAACCUAAAGCGAGAGUGGUUUAGUAGGUACUCAAAAAUUAAAGAAUGUAUAGGUAGUCACUUCACAAACUUUAAGUGCUUUCAUAUUAUUUUCAGUAAGCAACAUGCAAAGGGAUUUGUACUUAAAUUUUAUGGUUUAAAGUUUAAGGUGAAGUGAUUUUUUAUUAUUUUAUUUAACAUUAUUAGAUUUUGUAGCAGAAGUUUAAAUAAUUUUAAAAUGGUGCUUUGUUUUGCAGUGAAUAUUUACGACGUUACAUACGAAAAUUGUAUGCUUCAUUUCGUUACCAAUUACGUCAACGCUCAGUUUGAUUUCCUGCUAUUCCUAUACUUAAUCAUAAUGGGAAAAUGCAAAAUGCCUCCUUGAGCAAUUAUUAAGUUUAAUCACAUUCUCAUUAGGGCCUAAUUUGUCUUAAUGUUUUCAUUUCCAAUUAUUAUUCUUGAGGAAGAUUGAAAGCACAGAGGUGUAGCUAGCCUAUUUUUACACAUUCCAAUGUGAUGUUAAAUUGAAAGUACUUAUGAUUACCCGUCCAAUUGUAUGUAAUGCUAUUUAAAAGUAAGUAACAAAUAUAUUUCCAUUUAUUAGCGUUUAGUACAAUGAAUUUGUCAGUAUUAUUAUCAUGCAACUUUAAAAAACCGCAGGUGCCAUAUUUUUACAAUAUACUCAGGACUGACAAACUACACUAACAUUCCAAAUUUAUACAUAGAUCAAACGGUUCAUAGUUUUUUACUAAUAGCCAAUUGUGCCAAUAAUUUAUGUUCAAUAAAAUGUAGUCGAAUAUGUUAAUGAUAAUGGUGCUUGGGAAUAUAAUGGGAUCAAUUAUGAUAACAAUAUACCUACUUAUUAAAAUAAAAAGUUUUAUAAAAUGUAGUUGAUUUACUAGAUAUGCUAGUAUAUUAAGGAAUAGAGAUAUCUGGCCUUUACUGCCUUUAUAUUUUAUAGUUGCAAUUAUUGCAUACAAAUAACAACAUUCUCCGGUUGCUAAAACGAUGCACGAAGUUACGAAAUUAUUCAAUUUGUCAUCUUUAUGACUUCUGUGAUAGGAAUAAAAUAUCGUUAAUUAUUUCCUUUCUGUUAAUCACAAUAUCGUAAAUGCAAACAAAUCUAUUUUCUAACGAUGAGAGGCCAUAGAGUAAACUUUAGUAUCGUUUUAGUAAACGGGAGUUUCAAAAGCCUUUAUUUACUUUUAUCUCGAAUUUUAAACAAUGACUGUACUUACAUAAUUUGGUUUUAAAAAAUUACUGAAUAUUAUUUUAAUUAAAUAUAUUAACUUAGUAAGUGUAACAUUUUGAAUUUCUUUCCGCAGAAUUAAUUGAAUUAUUUUAAUAAUAGUAACAUGACAUUUAUUUAAUAAAUAAUUAAUUUGGACAUUUACCGAUGUAAGUUUUAUGCAUUGUUAAUCCUAAAUGGAUUUUUUAAACUUUUAUUUAAUAAUAAAAACAUUAUGCGAACCCAUCGCAAUUUCACAACCGAGUUCAGUAAAAUAUGUUUUUUGAUAAAAAUUAUUCAUUCAACUCUUUCAUGUAACCAUACUCAUAUUUUUUUUGAAAAAUAUAUUGAAGUCAUUGGUUGAAACACAUUAAUUUACAACAGGAACGGAGCAAUAACUUAUCUGAAAAUAUGUUUUACGAUGAAAUUUCAUAAUGUAUAUGUAUUUACGUAUAAUUAUAACAUAAUUGAAAUGUAUUACUUACUUAAAAUGUUAAAUUAGAAAUAUUAAGAACAUUAAUUUAGUUUAUAAGCCGUGUAGUGUUAAGUAUUUUAGUUGAAUCAACGAAUAUUAUUUGGUUGGUAUUGUUGACGUUUGAAAAGGUACCUAUCUUAUUAAUUUUAUUUUGGUUUAGAACAGCUGCUGUUGAUAGUUAUUAUUACUGACGGGAUUACUACCAUGUAGCUGCUGUUGACUAUCAGGUUAGAGCAGUUGCAAGUCUAUAAUAAAGAGAUACAUUAUUUAGAUACCACUUCGACAAUUUGAUAUGCAUUAAUGCAACGCCUGCUGCUGAACGAACAAUAAAAAUGUAAAAAACGUCAACAAAUACCUAAUAAACCUAUGUAUAUUAUGUCCACAAAUAUGCAAUAUUUUUAUUCACUGUUCAAUAUCUAUAAACUUAGGAUACUUAGAGUAUGUUUAUGUGGUCAAUGUAUUUUAUUAUGCUGGACAAUAAACUAUGUUAUCUUCAUUAA